UCGGUGGUGGAUUGAGCGGGUCUGAGCGAGGUUCCCAGAGGGCUGCGCGUCCCCGUCCUGUCGGCGCUGUCAUGGCGGGUUUGCUGAAGAAGACCACCGGCCUUGUGGGAUUGGCUGUAUGUGAGAGUCCGCACGAGAGGCUAAGAAUAUUGUACACAAAGAUUCUUGAUGUUCUUGAGCAAAUUCCUAAAAAUGCAGCAUAUAGGAAGUACACAGAACAGAUUACAAAUGAGAAGCUGAGUAUGGUUAAAGCGGAACCAGAUGUUAAGAAAUUAGAAGACCAACUUCAGUGUGGCCAACUAGAAGAGGUUAUUCUUCAGGCUGAAAAUGAACUAAGUCUGGCAAGAAAAAUGUUACAGUGGAAACCAUGGGAGCCUUUAGUGGAAGAGCCUCCUGCCAACCAAUGGAAAUGGCCAAUAUAAUCAUCAUUAAAUGAUUGGUGUGUUGAUGGGAAAUGGAUGUAAUUAAAUGUUCUGUUAUAUUAAAAAUGUUUCUAUAUUAUUGACAUCUUAUAAUCAAAGAAAACUAAUAUGGAACAUAUUUAGGACACUUCUUAAAAUUGAUGACUAUGGUAAUAGGUUCUUGUGAAUCCAUUUUUGAUAUGUAAAGCAUUCAUUUAAAUUAUCUCAAAGAUU